GGUUUAUGCAAGCAACGAUUUCCCUCGUAUUUUAGACACACGUCCGUCGCUCUCUGUCACCGACUCAUUUCUUCUUCUUCCUCUGCAAUCCCGUGCGCUCCAUCUCUUUCCGCCUCCCAACACUUUACUCAUUCAUUGAAUUCGAGCCUCUCAUUUCUCACAUCCUCCAAUCAUCCAACCUCUCUUCUUCCUCUCAGCUUCGUUUGGCAUUUGAGUGUGCAUCUAGCAUGAGUGAUAAGACUGCGGGGAAGAUCGGCGCAAGUAUCGAAUUUUUCUGAGAAGAUUUGCUUUUUUAUACAAGAUCUUCUAUCAUACAUUUUUGUUUAUAGUUAUUUUAGGUAAACCGCAACAGCCCGAUGGCUUCAUCUACUCCGGACUCACCCUGGCCAUCCUCAACUCACGAUUCCUUUUCUGGAUCUUUCAAUAUACAUAUAGAGGAAGCGAACCCAGACGACAUUUUACCUGUUCUGGAAGACCCAACCUCUUCUACGUCCUAUAGCCAUAAUAUCCCGAAACCACCUCCUGUCCCUAGUAAAGCAUAUACACAAAAUAAACUUUUCAAAAGGCUUUCACAGAGUUGCUAUGUCCCAAAUGAAACAAUUGAUACAUGGGACAAGCUUUUUAAAGAAGCAUAUGGUGCUGAUGUCUAUAUUUGCACCAAGGAUGAAUCGUGUAUUCCAGUUCAUUCUAGUGUUCUGACAAUUGCGUCACCGGUGCUAGGUAAAUUCCUGCAGCAAUCAAAAGUAAGAAAUGGAAUGAGAUACAUUAAGAUUCCUGGGGUACCUUAUGAAGCUGUCUACGCAUUCAUCCGUUUUCUUUACUCAUCCUGCUAUGAAAAGGAAGAGAUGAAGAAAUUUGUUCUCCAUUUGUUGGUUUUGUCACACUCUUACUCAGUUCCAUCAUUGAAAAGAGUUUGUAUAUACAUUCUUGAGCAGGGAUGGAUUACCAAAGAAAAUGUGGUCGAUGUGCUUCAAUUGGCAAGGAAGUGUGAUGCACCACGGCUAUCCUUAAUUUGUGUGCGCAUGGUUGUGAAGGACUUUAAAGCCAUAUCAUCAACCGAAGGCUGGAAAGUGAUGAAGCGAGUUAGUCCUGCACUUGAACAAGAACUGCUAGAGUCCGUUGUUGAAGCAGAUUCUAGGAAAGAAGAGAGGUUGAAGAAAAAGGAAGAGAAAAAAGUGUACUUGCAACUGUAUGAGGCAAUGGAAGCCCUUCUCCACAUAUGUAGGGAUGGAUGUAGAACUAUAGGUCCCCGUGACAAGGUGUUUAAAGGAAGCCAAGUUGCCUGUGGUUUUCCUGCUUGCAAGGGGCUUGAGACCUUAGUUCGUCAUUUCUCCGGCUGUAAAACCCGGGUUCCUGGUGGAUGUGCUCACUGCAAACGCAUGUGGCAGCUUCUUGAACUGCAUUCUCGUAUUUGCAAUGAGCCUGAAUUGUGCAAGGUCCCUUUGUGUAGGCAUUUGAAGGAAAAAAUGCAGCAGCAGACCAAGAAAGACGAGGCUAAAUGGAAGCUGUUGGUGAGUAAAGUGGUAGCAGCAAAGGAUACUCUGGGACCUAUCUCAGGUCGCCACUCGCGUUUAUCAUGACCUCUUGUGUGUUCAACAGCAAAAUGUAUCAAGAAAGUAAACCAAGGGAAAUGUAUUAAGAAUCUUAUUUCUCCUUCGGGGUUGAAUAAAUGUAAUAGGCAUUCGAAGACUAAUAGCGUCUUGCAUCGGUUCUUGUAAGCCAAGAUAUUUCAAUUGGAUGCCGACCAUCUCAUCUUGAUAUGAAAGUCUUGCAACUUUAUGCA